AUGGCGCGCUUCACCGCCUGGGACUAUGUGGUAUUUGCGGCCAUGCUGCUGAUCUCAGCCGUCAUUGGGGUCUACUACGCCUUCGUGGGAGGGGGGCAGAAGACAUCAAAGGACUUCCUCACGGCAGGCCGCAGCAUGAGUGCCCUCCCGGUUGCACUGUCCCUCACUGCCAGCUUCAUGUCAGCCGUCACCGUGCUGGGCACCCCUGCCGAAAUCUAUCGCUAUGGUGCCGUCUUCUGCGUCUUUGCCAUCACCUACUGCCUGGUGGUGCUGUGCAGUGCCGAGAUCUUCCUGCCCGUUUUCUACAGGCUGGGCAUUACCAGCACCUAUGAGUAUUUAGAACUUCGGUUUAAUAAAUAUCUACGCCUCUGUGGAACGGUCCUCUUCAUUAUACAAACGACUUUAUACACUGGUAUUGUCAUUUAUGCUCCAGCUUUAGCACUAAAUCAAGUCACUGGCUUCGACUUGUGGGGUGCAGUGGUGGCGACUGGCGUGGUCUGCACUUUCUACUGCACGCUGGGCGGUCUGAAGGCAGUGGUGUGGACAGACGUUUUCCAGGUUGGAAUCAUGGUUGCUGGAUUUUCAUCUGUGAUUAUACGAGCUGUGGUGGUUCAGGAGGGAAUUGGACGCAUUGUAAAUGAUUCCUACCAUGGUGGAAGAUUAAACUUCUGGGACUUUGAUCCCAAUCCUUUGCAAAGGCACACCUUCUGGACGAUUGUUAUAGGUGGGACUUUCACGUGGACAGGUAUAUAUGGGGUCAACCAGUCUCAAGUCCAGAGAUACAUUGCAUGCAAAAGCAGAUUCCACGCAAAAUUGUCCCUCUACAUCAACCUGUUGGGACUCUGGGCAAUAAUGGCCUGUGCCGCACUGUGUGGGCUGGCCCUCUACUCCAUCUACAAAGACUGUGACCCAUGGACAGCCAAGCAGGUGUCAGCACUCGACCAGCUAAUGCCAUACCUGGUGCUGGAUAUCCUGCGCGAUUUUCCGGGAGUGCCAGGGCUUUUUGUGGCUAGUGCCUACAGUGGGACAUUAAGUACGGUGUCCUCCAGCAUCAAUGCUCUGGCUGCUGUGACUGUUGAAGACCUCAUUAAGCCCUACUUCAGAUCGCUCUCUGAAAAGAAGUUGUCAUGGAUUUCCAUGGGGAUGAGCCUGUUUUACGGUGGAGUCUGUAUUGCUAUGGCUGCAGUGGCAUCUCUCCUGGGAGCCUUGUUGCAGGCAGCACUCAGCAUUUUUGGCAUGGUCGGUGGCCCCCUUUUAGGAUUGUUUGCCUUGGGAAUCCUCUGCUCCUUUGCAAAUGGAACUGGUGCAUUUGUGGGUCUUGUCAGUGGCUUCGCUAUUUCACUUUGGGUCGGAAUUGGAUCUCAGAUUUAUCCUCCACUCCCAGAGAGGACCAAGCCACUGUAUCUCUCAACUGCAGGCUGUAAUAUAUCUUCAGGAAAUAUAACAUCAACAGAAAUUCCAUUAACAACAAUAUUCAGCACACCAACUGCAGAGAGGCCUGCCCUGGCAGACAACUGGUAUUCCUUGUCUUACCUCUACUUCAGCACACUUGGGACACUUAUCACAGUACUUGUGGGAAUAAUUAUCAGCCUCCUAACAGGAGGACUAAAGCAGAACACAGAUCGUAAAUUCCUGCUGACCAAGGAAGAUUUCCUGUCCAACUUCUCCCGAUCUAAAUCAGAGACACCAGAGAAUGUGGAAGUGUUGAACUGUAAACCAUUUACCAUGGCAGACGAAGGAACUGAUAAUCCUGCUUUCAGCCACAUUGAAAUGGAUGUUGCAAGUGAUAAGAACAAAGUCAAUGGUCUUCAUAUGUGACACAAGGCAACGUCAGCCCACGAAGACAGUUUUCCUCAUGCAAAGCACUGUUGACAUUCCUGUUCUGGGUCGGUUACCAGCUCUGCUUGGGUCAUGGGCAGGCGUCUGCAGAGCUUUGUGGCACCAUUGCCCUUGUAUGACCUUGACAUUAGUCAAGAAAGGAAUCAGGUCUUUCUUGUAUUUCCUCACUCUCUCACUCUGGAUCUUGGUGACAGGGUUUAAGGCAAUGUUUCUAUGUGAAACAUUUGCCAGAUAUUCUUGAGCCUCCUGGAAAAUACCUGCUUUCGAUCUCAUUUCACCCUCAGAGUAAAUUUUUUAUUUGGGAAGAGUACUAUUCCUCCAGACAUGGCUGUUUUUCUGGUUUGUGUUUUUCUUUUGUCUUUUAAGGCAUUGAAAAUAUUAAGAGAUUAGGGUUGUGGGACUAUCAAAUUGCAGGAAACAAGUGUUCUUUUUUUUUGGUACAGGAGCUGUAUUUAAUGCCAUCUGGUUACUUUGUUGAACUGGUCCUGAGAGUGUAUUUAUUUUGCUGGUUUCAUCAUCUGUUUGUUUUUAUUAAGCCACUUGUUCCUUGGUUACCUGCAUCUCCUCCUCUGUGCUCACUGCUGGAAGAUACAAUAGUGACUUUGUUGGUGGGUAGAGGCAAGAGUCAGUACUGUCGUCCCCUUCACAGUCCAUCUCCCUCUUCUGCCCCAUCUUACCCUUACAGAGCUUGUGCUUAUGAAGGAAAUGAGUUAUUGGGAUUUUUAUUCAACACCAUAGAGCAGAACCACUGUAUUCUUCUACUUCAUGCCCAGCGUGCCAGCCUAGGAUUGCUCUUGCUCUGGACUGGGCAUAGUGUGGCAGAGAUGUUAAUAAAGAAGAGGGCCCUUUUGGCUGUACUGGACAAGAGGGAAGGCUGCAUCUGCAGUUGCCACUGCUGUUAUCUCCAGAGCUGUGAGCUGAACCCUCACGUACUCAUUUGUAUUCAGGCAGUCCUUGUAUCUCUGGGGAUUCACAUUCAAGGCUGGUUCAGGCA